UGCCGGGAGCUGACGGAGGGAGCCUGCGGCGCCCGAGCGCGGAGCGCCGAAGGGGCGAGGAGGAGGCUGCCGGCCAGGGGCAGCGGGGAAAAGGGAGGGGCAAACCCGGGCGCCGCUCAGCGGUACGAGCGGCGGUGGGGCGGGGAGCGGCCGGGGGAGCGUGGCGGGCAGUGGGGAACGAGGCGCCGUCCCCGCCCACCCUCCCGCUGCCCCUCGGAAGGCAGCAGUCGCUCAGCUCGCUCUCCCCUCCGUAGGACCAUCCCGGCGGCGAUCAGCGCACGGCCGGGGCUCUUCGUAACUCAGCGCCAUGUGAGCGGGAGCUCCGUCCGGGCCGCGAGGAGCCGCGCCGGAGGUUUGGCGGCGUCCAGCGCUGCUCGGGGCAGCAUGACCGAGGUGAAGGCCAAGGAGCCCCGAGCGCCUUCGUCCGCCCGAGACGGGGCGGUGCUGCUGCAGGCUCCCCCCAGCCGCGGAGAAGCGGAGGGCAUCGACGUCGCCCUGGACGGGCUGCUCUACCCCAGAACCAGCGACGAAGGGGAAGAGGACGAGGAGAAGGAGGAAGAGCCACAGCAGCGGGAGGAGGAGGAGGACCGGGAGGACCGGGACUGCCCCUCGUACCGGCCGGGCGGCGGCUCGCUUUCCAAGGACUGUCUGGACAGCGUCCUGGACACCUUCCUGGCUCCCGCGGCUCAUGCCACGCCCUGGUCCCUGUUCGGGCCGGAGGUGCCAGAGGUGCCCGUCGCCCCUAUGAGCCGCGGACCUGAGCAGAAGGCUGUGGACGCCGCCCCGGCGGCUCCCGGCCCCUCGCAGCCGAGACCCGGGGCUCCGCUGUGGCCGGGCGCCGACACUCUGAGCGUCGCCGUGAAAGCGCGUCCGGGAGCCGAGGGCCCCAGCGAGGGCAGAGCCCCGGGGCUGCCCGGCGCCGAGGAGCGCGGCUUCCCGGAGCGGGACGCGGGGCCCGGAGAAGGCGGCCUGGCGCCCGCCGCGACCGCUUCCCCGGUGGCUGUGGAGCCGGGCGCGGGGCAGGACUACCUGCACGUGCCCAUCCUGCCGCUCAACUCUGCCUUCCUGGCCUCGCGCACACGGCAGCUGCUGGACGUGGAGGCGGCGUACGAGGGCAGCGCCUUCGGACCGCGCUCUUCGCCCUCCGCCCCCGCCGCGGACUUGUCGGAGUACGGCUACCCGCCGCCCGACGGCAAGGAGGGUCCCUUCGCUUACGGCGACUUCCAGAGCGCGUUGAAGAUCAAGGAGGAGGGCGUCGGUCUGCCCGCCGCCCCCCCUUCGUUCCUGGGCGCCAAGGUUGGCCCCGCCGACUUCGCGCAGCCUCCGCGUGCCGCGCAGGAGCCCUCGUUGGAGUGCGUCCUCUACAAGGCCGAGCCGCCCCUCCUGCCCGGCGCGUACGGACCGCCGGCGGCCCCCGACAGCCUGCCGUCCACCUCGGCCGCGCCGCCCGGCCUCUACUCGCCGCUCGGCCUCAACGGGCACCACCAGGCGCUGGGCUUCCCCGCGGCCGUGCUGAAGGAGGGCCUGCCCCAGCUAUGCCCGCCCUACUUGGGCUACGUGCGGCCAGAUACAGAAACCAGCCAAAGCUCCCAAUACAGCUUUGAAUCACUACCCCAGAAGAUUUGUCUCAUCUGUGGCGACGAGGCUUCUGGUUGCCACUAUGGAGUACUCACCUGUGGGAGCUGUAAAGUCUUCUUUAAAAGGGCAAUGGAAGGGCAGCACAACUAUUUAUGUGCUGGAAGAAAUGACUGCAUAGUUGAUAAAAUUCGUAGGAAGAAUUGUCCAGCGUGUCGCUUGAGGAAGUGCUGUCAAGCUGGAAUGGUCCUGGGAGGUCGAAAAUUUAAAAAGCUUAACAAAAUUAAGGUUGUGAGGACAUUAGAUGUUGCACUCCAGCAGCCUGCAGCCCUUCAGGAUGAAAGCCAAUCUCUAUCGCAAAGGCUGUCCUUUUCUCCAAAUCAAGAAAUACAGUUUGUUCCCCCAGUGAUAAGUGUUUUGCGAGGCAUUGAGCCUGAAGUUGUCUAUGCUGGUUAUGACAAUACAAAACCUGAAACACCAAGUUCCUUGCUGACCAGUCUAAAUCAUCUUUGUGAGAGGCAACUUCUUUGUGUAGUCAAGUGGUCAAAAUUGCUACCAGGAUUUCGGAAUUUACACAUUGAUGAUCAGAUAACUCUCAUCCAGUAUUCCUGGAUGAGUCUAAUGGUUUUUGCAAUGGGAUGGAGAUCAUACAAACAUGUCAGUGGUCAGAUGUUGUAUUUUGCACCAGAUCUGAUUCUGAAUGAACAGAGGAUGAAAGAAUCGUCGUUCUAUUCGCUGUGUCUCUCCAUGUGGCAGCUCCCACAGGAGUUUGUCAGACUCCAAGUUAGCCAAGAAGAGUUUCUAUGUAUGAAAGCACUGCUGCUUCUCAAUACAAUUCCUUUGGAAGGUCUAAGAAGUCAAAGCCAAUUUGAUGAGAUGAGAACGAGUUACAUUAGAGAGCUGGUGAAGGCCAUUGGCUUGCGCCAGAAAGGUGUUGUGGCUAAUUCCCAGCGUUUCUAUCAGCUUACAAAACUGAUGGAUUCCAUGCAUGAUCUAGUGAAACAGCUCCAUCUCUUCUGUCUGAACACAUUUCUCCAGUCCCGUGCACUGAGCGUUGAGUUCCCCGAGAUGAUGUCAGAGGUGAUUGCUGCACAGCUGCCCAAGAUUCUGGCAGGGAUGGUGAAACCUCUUCUCUUUCACAAGAAGUGAAAUGUCUUUUCUCUUCCCAUAGGGAUGAUUUCUGGGUCGGUUUUUGUUUGUUUAUUUUGGUCAAGAUUUUGCAAUGUCAGGACUUCAGUGUAUUUGUCAUACCCUGCCUACUGCUUUGUACUUGUAACAUACACAAGCCAUUUAAGCUUGAUGUACAUAUCGUGAGUUCCUGAUUCCUUAGCUGCAAAAAUCACAACAGUCGGAAGAAAUGUUUUGUAAACUUGGGUAGAUUGCUAUUUAGAUAUGCGUAAGAAUGACAAUAGAGUUUUCAGAUUUCUAAGAGCAGUUAUCUUACACAUUUUUCUUACAUAUUACACACUUUCAAAUUUCUGAUAUGUCAUGGUGAAAACUUUUUAAUACAUUGUGUGCAUGUGUACACGUGGGCAUGCGCAUGGUCCUGAAGUUUUUGAGGGAAUUAAAAUGUAUAUUGCCCACACUUUCUCACGGAUAUUUGACUUUUUAUUUACUAAUCUGCUUCACAGAAAUAUCCUUUCAAAGUCAGCUGUUCAAGUUUAAGUAGAUACCACUGCAAUGCCUUCAUGAGUAACUAAAGCGCUCUCUGUAAAACAUGUGAAUAUGGAUUCAUGUUCUUCUCUGUGCUCAUACUGUAUUGAAAUUCUGAUACCAGUGUGCUUCUUUCUGCAUCAUUCAGUGCAGUUCUUCAAAAAUCAGAAAGCAGAGGAAAAUUUCAGUAUAUAUUACACCAGAAGUAAGAUGUAUGUAAACCCACACGGCUUCAGUUUGUGUUAUUUUCCUUUAAAGUUUGGCACUUAGUAAAGCUGAAACACAUUGUUGUAAUCUUAAAUUUAGCAACUUAAAAAUUAUGUAUUUCAGAAGUUUUAAAUAGAAAUAUUUUCCGUGACUCUCAAUAAUCUUGCUGGUUUGAAUUCCUCCGUAUGCUUAACCAACACUACCAUCAAAUUUUAGAGAGGUUAGAAACAAAAAGAAGUGGAAAAUAUGACCACAAACAAUUUGAUAUACUUAACAUUCAUCUUAAUACAUUUAGUGAAGCUACAUAUUUGUACUUCGAAGGCGUGCUGUUUUAGUUGGAGUAACUGUAUGAGGAGUUGGGCUAAACUAGCAUUAUACAUUCAUGAAGAAUGUUUGGUUUUCCUGGAAAUGAAAUAUUUGACUAAAAACAAUAAUGCGAUGGUUGUUGCUCCUUUUGUAUGGACAUGAAGCUACUUAUAUUUGAGGCAGUAAACUGCUGAUAUAUUCAGAUGAAGAGAUGGAUAAGCCCAAGAAGAAUUUAGAUUAUUAAAAUCUGAUGAAUUUUUGCCAGUCACUAAAGACAAUACCCAGCUUCUCUAGCAUUAAUCAGUGUAGGAAAUUGCAAGUCCUGGAUAACUGCUGGCCAUAUACUAUUGCUUUUCCCCAUUAGACACUGGAUGCAUCCAUUGUGGUAGCAUUCUGCUUAUGGUAUGUAAUAUGGGAUGAAUGGACUUGUCUUUGUCAGGUAAGCUAAGGCCCACCAAGAGGAAGCUACAUAACAGAUAGGAAUAGAAGUUUCCUACAUAGUACAAAACCUACUGGAGUUGUGGCAAAGAAGUGACCCAAGGAAAAAUGGUCUAAGCAGACUUUUGUGCCUGUUUACUAGGUUCGUAACUUUUAACUGCCCCUAAACAAGCUAUUUCUUACUUAUUCAAUACUGUCUGACUUUCAACUGUCAUCCUUAAAGCAAUUGUGUUUUAAUAAAUAACACAAAAUUCUGUUUCUACAUAUCAAAGUUUGUUUUCUUUAAUUUUCUUUGUAUUUACAUUCAGUUAUACAGUUGUCCAUUUCAACCAUUCAUCUUUUGUGUAACAACAUUUUCAUGCAUUCCUUGGGGGUUUAAGCAUAUGAUUUACCAGAAUAACCAGACUUUCUAUGUUAGCUAAGAUUAAACUUCCCAUACUAAAAGUGGUUCCACAACACAAGACAAAAUCACAGGAUGCUAGGGGCUGGAAGGGACCUCUGGAGAUCAUCCAGUCCAACCCCCUGUUAAAGCAGGUUUCCUACAGGAGGAUGCACAAGGAAGUGUCCUGCAGGUUUUGAACAUCUUCAGAAAAGGAGACUCCACAACUUCUCUGGGCAGCCUGUUCCAGUGCUGUCACCCUCCCAGUAAGGAUGUUCUUUCUCAUGUUCAGAUGGAAAUUCCUGUUUCCCAGUUUGUGCCCAGUUCCCCUUGUUCUGUCACAGGGAACCACCAAAAAAAGCCUGGCCUUAUCUUAUCUGGCCCUCUCAGUCUUUUCCAGGCUGAACAGUCCCACAUCUCUCAGCCUUUCCUCGUCAGGAAGAUGCUUCUCCAGAUCCCAAACUGUAUUUGUGAUCCAACUCCCUUGGAUUCUUUCCAGAAAUUCCCUGUCUUUCUUGAACUGGAGAGCCCAGAACUGGACACUACUCCAGAUGUGGCCUCAUCAGGGCAGAGUAGAGGGGGAAGGAUCACCUCCCUUGCCCUGCUGGCCACACUCAUAGUGCACUCCAGGAUACCCUUGGCCUUCUUGGCCACAAGAGCACACUGCUGGCUCAUGGAACAUCCUAAUCCUGAAAACAGAAAACGGAGCAGGCAUUAUGUGUGCUUUAGGAAUGCUCUGGAUAAAUCAACAUCUGCCUUUGCUGAAGCCCUAACAUUUGUUCCAAGUGUCUGCUGUGUCACUGUCCCACAAGUAGGGCAGAUUAGUUUGAAAUUAUCUACGUUUGUCUCAAAGGCAUAAUCCAAAAAGGAAGAAAAGAUGUCUUUUGGGAAUAGUUUACAAAGGUUACCACAUUAUCAAAUGGUGUUUCUUGAAGAUCUCUAACUCACAGAAAAAAAUCCUGGAAUUUCAUGAUCAUGCUAAAUGGUCCACUGCACAACUCAGGACAAACUUGGAUAAAUAUGAUUGCUAAUUUAUAUAUGAUUGCUGAUUUAAUUUGAAAAUCUUGCGUUCAUUACUUGAUUGUCUGAAGUUGGACAAAAGUAGUUUAAGAUCUUCCAGCUUUGAACAGAGUUUAUAAGGAGCCAAUAGUCUCCAUUCCGAUGCCAUCAUUUGUUCCAGAUUACACAGAUGCCAUUAACAGUAAUCAGGACAUCAGAUUAAUUUCUUCCUCAUGGAAAUCUCAUCCACUGUGACUUUUAUUGCACAUUUAUCCAGGAAAUGACUUGCAAACUUUUUUUCUUUUAGGGUUUUUUUUUUUACAGAUGAAGGGGCUUUUUAGUUGCCUGUAUUUCAUUGCAUUAAUAUUUCCUUAAAAAUUAAUUUUUUGUUUGUUUGUUUGUUUUUAACCUGAGUUUUACAAGUAGAUGCAAAUAAAGCAACUUAUUCUACUUCUCUCUGCAUUGAAUAAGUCAUAGGAAGGCUGGGUCUUCUUGUGUUUCAUUUUGCAUUUUGGAAGGAAGGUGUUUCGGCAGACAGACUGUUUUGUUCUCUGGCACCUUGUCUAGGUGACACCAGAAGUUAUUUAUCUUAUGAUAAAUAAUUCCAGGUAUGUAUGCCUGAAACCCUCAUACUCUACAGUUUACAUGUUUUUAACAUAAAGCCUUUAGCAUCGCCUUCUGCUGUUACUUAAGUGAGCAAAGAAAAGCAUGAAGUCCACUGCUUUCUUUGCUUUCUACUGUUGUCAUUCAGCUUUGCAGAGGCAUCACGAGCUCCAAGUACUGUCAUUUCUGUUCUGAACAUCAAGCUGCCUGGAGUGGCAGCCCUUUCUAGGACAGAGCCCAGGAGACCAUUGGCGCUGCAAGCUCUCAUCCCAGCUUGUUUCCCUUUGUGCCUGCUGGGGCCAAAGAAAUACCAAGAGGUCCAAUGCUUGUUGACAAGGAUUGAUAAAUCCUUUUGACAGCAUUUAUGGAAGGACAAAUGUUGGUUUGUCCAGGAUGGAGGCAAACAGAGCCUGAAAACCUUUUAGCAGGUUUCCUGUGGUUCUGCAGUGCUCUGUGUGUGCACCAUAAACCGCAGCUCCAGAACUCCAGCUGUUCCUUCAGCUGUGGUCUCUGGUGUUGUACCUAAAACAGAGAAGCUGAGACUGCACUCAACAUUUUCAAAGACCAUUUUCUAUAGACCAUUUUCUUAUCAGUCAAUGCUUUGUUAUUACCUCAACACUCUUUUGCUGUGCUUUAUGAUGAUAUGCUAGUAAUUCCAUUUAAUUGGGAAAUUCAGCUUCUUUACUGUGCUCCUAUCUAAAACAAAUCUUUGUGUCAGUUACUGAUAGCAUAUAUAUGCCAAAGGUGAUGUCUAGAUUACUGUAAAUGUAACAUAUGGUAAUAUGUGCAGGAUCCUUCCAUGACUCCCACCUGCCCAGACUGUUGGCUCAACCCCAAGGCAGAAGGGUGUGGUGCUGCCCUCCUCCUGCCUCGUGUGCCAGUCAUGGCGCACUGACCUCCCUUUCCUUCGGGUAAGUCAGCUUGCAGCCACGGAGUCAAUGGCCAAAGCCCUUCCAAACUUCUAUGGCUCAAAGGCCUGUGUAUAUAUACUGCCAGGGUGGAUUGUCAGCACUGCUGGAUUUAUUGGUUUGUGCAGCUUUGUGUCACGGUGACCUGACUUUUGAACACAGGAAUUGUUUUUCAUUUAGUUCUCUUUUCCCCCUUGGAAGAUGAAAAGGAAAAAAAAAAAAAAAAAAGAGAAGUCAUGUUUUAGAUGUUUUCAUAUUGAAAUUUAUGAGUUGUUUUUUUAGAUGUGUGCUAUUAAUUUGGUAGAUUGACAUUAUUUGCAUGUGGAAUUAUAUUGUAGCUUUUCAGAUGCUUGUACAGAAACAUGCAGUAAAAGGUGGCUGUGUGAGUAAUAAUAACUUAAAAACUAAUUGCCUGUAGUCCUUAAAUAGAAAAUCAUCCUCAGAAGGCACCCGUGCUGUUGGAACUGAAGUCCUUAAUGCAGCAGUUGCAGAAAUUUUAAGAAUAUGAACAGUACUUAAAUACAAAAUGAAAAAAAAAAAGUGCAUUUUUUUAAUUACAUGCAUUUAUUUGAUUAUAUUGAGGUGGUUUGAGCCCAUGGUGCUCUGCGCCAAGUGUGUAAAGACUGCAACUUCUAUAUAAAGACUAUCAAGGAGUGGUGAAAUGUCACUGAAUUCUAGCUCAUCAUUUAAAGCUGGCGACAUUUCAGCUUCUUGCAACCAUGUGCUGUGCUCAUUAUGAAAGCACCAUCACAAGUCUGAUAGUCAUAGAUCAUGUCUUUCUGACCAUGGAAACUAAAUUAACCUCUCACCCCUACACGCACAAUAGUUCCUCCAGUUCAGCAUUCAGGCAGACCAGUGAGGAGGUUCUCACAGCGUCAUUUACAUGGUCUCAGUCUACUGCAUUUUUCCCACAGCUCAGUUGAAAUACCCACCCAUCUGGGCUGGUACUAGAAAUUCCUUUUGUUGUAUCAAGGAAGAAGAAAUACAUAAUUUCCAGGAAUCCCAGACUUCACAUCACUAAGCCCUAUGGCUGUCCACUUUCAAAUGAAGUGGGGACAGAUUGAAUGAAAGCACCUGGUGGACAGAACAAUAUCUUUGCCAUUGAGUUUUUUCAGGGAUAACUGGGUGGCUCAGUGCAGGGAGUUUUGUGUUAUACAGGUAAGACUGUUAUAGACAUGAUUGUUGCUUCUUGGAUGUACCAUUUUCACAUUUGCUAUUUCUCAUACACAAGAUAAAAGUACAGUACUGCUUUUACACCUCAUAUUGUUGCUUUUUUUUUUGUCCAGUGUGACACAUUAGUCAUCUACAAAGCCCUCAAGUUAAGAACAUUAGUAGCUAACACUGUAAGUCCAUAUCUUAUAUUUUGUACAAAUAUAUACAUAUUACCAAAUUAUUUAUUUUUGUGUGCAUCAUUAUGAAUUAAAUGCACAGGUUUUCACAGUAGCUUAGAGAAAGUUAAGAUCACAACUUUUAUUGGACUGAAAUUUCAGAGAGGAGUGGCUCGCAGUUACCAGUUGGAGCUGUCCUUUUGUUAGAAGUAUUUGGAGAUACCAUCUCUGGAAUGUGGCAUUGUGCCUUCAGAAUAGUGAGGUCAGAAGGGGAAAGAAUACUUUCCCAACCAUUUUCCUAGAUGCUAGCAAAACUUGUGACAGUAGGAUCUGGAUUUUACUGGUCCACAUAAGCACGUUCUUUUGUCUGCAAAGUAUGGCAUUCUUGCUAAAUAUAACAUGCUAUUAAACAGAAGCAAUGAGCUGGCAGUGUCAGAUAACAUUUCAUGUUACUUGAAAUGCCCAAGGAGUCGGCACAGGGCGGCUGAAGCACCAUGUCCAGGCUGGGUCUAUCAGGCCAGCAACAAACACAAG